CUUUGUGUUUUUGUUGCGGUCACGAGGAGAGCUGUCAUUAGCAUUCGAAGGGGUAAAUUCUAAGCUAAACCAGCAAACGACAGUUGUUAUUUUCUCACACAAGGCCACGAUGAAAUUCCUACGGAGACUGCCGCUCAGCCUGAAAACGUUAAAACAUCCGUUUUUGCUGCCUGUUUUACUGACUGUCUUGUUUGUCCAGAGCCGAGGCGACGACAGCAAUGUGUUGGAUAACGACGUUACUGAAAGAAUGGCUGAGGAAAGCCACCGACAGGACAGUGCCAACUUACUAAUUUUUAUCCUACUCUUGACUCUAACCAUUCUAACAAUUUGGCUUUUUAAACACCGGCGAUUUCGGUUCCUGCACGAGACAGGACUCGCCAUGAUCUACGGCCUGUUAGUGGGCGUGAUCCUACGAUAUGGCGUCCACGUGCCCGAGAGCAUCAGCAACGUGACCCUCAGCUGUGCCGUCAACGCCAGUCCCGCCACUUUACUGGUCAACGUCAGCGGACGAUUCUAUGAGUACACGCUGAAGGGAGAAAUCAGACAGGGCAGGGGCCACCAGAUGCAGGACGACGAGAUGCUCAGAAAGGUGACCUUUGAUCCAGAGGUGUUUUUCAACAUUUUGUUGCCUCCUAUAAUCUUCCAUGCAGGCUACAGUCUAAAAAGGAGACACUUUUUUAGAAACAUUGGCUCCAUCCUGGCUUAUGCAUUCAUUGGAACCGUCAUAUCCUGCUUUGUCAUUGGACUCAUCAUGUACGGCUUUGUGUCCUUCAUGAAAGUUGUGGGUCAGCUUGGGGGGGAUUUUUACUUCACUGACUGCCUCUUCUUUGGGGCCAUCGUCUCAGCGACAGACCCAGUGACGGUGUUGGCCAUCUUCAAUGAUCUAAAGGUUGACGUGGACUUGUACGCCCUGUUGUUUGGGGAGAGUGUUCUCAAUGAUGCCGUGGCCAUUGUCCUGUCCUCAUCCAUUGUGGCGUAUCAGCCUGCAGGAGACAACAGCCACAGCUUUGAGGCCAUGGCCAUGCUCAAGUCUUUCGGCGUCUUUCUCGGUGUCUUCAGUGGAUCUUUUGCUCUUGGAGUGUCCACUGGAGUCAUGACUGCAUUCGUGACGAAGUUCACCAAGCUGAGAGACUUCCCUUUGCUGGAGACGGCUCUCUUUUUCCUGAUGUCCUGGAGUACGUUUCUGCUGGCUGAGGCCUGCGGUUUCACAGGUGUUGUAGCGGUUCUGUUUUGUGGGAUCACUCAGGCUCAUUACACAUAUAACAAUCUGUCACCGGAAUCCCAAGAAAGAACUAAACAGCUUUUUGAGCUGCUCAACUUCCUGGCAGAGAACUUCAUCUUCUCCUACAUGGGCCUGACUCUCUUUUCCUUCCAGUCACACGUCUUCAAUCCGUUGUUCAUCAUCGGAGCUUUUGUGGCAGUGUUUGUGGGCAGAGCUGCAAACAUCUACCCCUUGUCCUUACUCCUCAACCUGGGCCGCAGAAACAAGAUAGGGUUGAACUUCCAGCAUGUCAUGAUGUUUGCAGGGCUACGCGGGGCCAUGACGUUUGCUCUGUCCAUCCGGGACACGGCCACCUACGCCCGUCAAAUGAUGUUUUCCACCACUCUGCUGAUUGUUUUCUUCACUGUGUGGAUCUGUGGAGGCGGCACCACGCCCAUGCUGUCUUUUAUGAGCAUACGAGUGGGGGUGGACUCUGAUCAAGAGCACACAAGCUCAGCCGCCGAGGAUGGGUCACUGAGGAGAUGCACUAAACAUGAGAGUGCCUGGCCCUUCAGGAUCUGGUAUAACUUUGACCACAACUAUCUGAAGCCCCUGCUGACCCACAGCGGCCCGCCGCUCACGGCCACACUGCCAGCGUGCUGUGGACCGCUGGCUCGAUGCCUCACCAGCCCACAGGCCUACGAGAAUGAAGGGCAGCUUCAUGAUGAUGAUUCAGACUUCAUCAUGAACGACGCCAGCGUAAGUUCCAUGUACGCUGACGUCACCGUGAGCACAGACGCCUCCGGCUCUCACACCGUCAACCACAAGCACUCCUUCUCCUCCGGUGGAGGCCGGUUCAACGAAGGUAUGGAUCAGGAGCUGGCCCUGACGGAUCAGGACGUGACGAUCCGCGGCACGCGGCUCGUCCUGCCAGUGGAGGACUCGGCUGAGCCGCCAAGCACAGUCACUCUCCCGCCGCCACCCUCCCCGCCGCACUCCGAGCCCCGCCGACACAGACUGUAGGAAGGGUUGUGUCCGCCGCUUCAGAAAUCCCAAACGAUCAACUCUGAUGGAAAAAGGUUUUGAUCAAGGUUUCUAUUUCAUAAUUUUAAGUCUGUUCUUUAUGGGACCAUUUUUAUUUGUCACUUUAAGUCUCAGCACUGGUGUCGGGCAUUGAGGGAUCUGUCACAAGUGUCUGCUGAAGCUGUGGGGCCUAAACUUAGCACGUCUCUAGCUAUAAUGGAGGAAACUCAGUUUGGGAUCAUCAGAGGUGGGGUUGGGUGGAUGAGGGGCGUGUCUUCAGCGGUGGAAGUAGCAUGCACUUCAGCGUCCCGACAGGUCUGAGCGCCUCAUCCACACGGCUGCAGCUCAUGUUAACACUGAAAUUAUUUAUUUUUAACGAUUGAUUAAGUUAUUUAUUUGUUGUGGUGAACAAAGGUACUACAACUUUUCUUUCGUGGUACUUUCACCGAAUGAAUGUUAUGGAGGAGACAGCUGUUUGUUUCCUUCUGAAACUGUAGCAGACGCUUGGACUUUGUCCUGUAGACCAGAGCUUCCCUGUGAAUGUGGGGGUUUUGUUUUAUCGGAUGUGAGAGGUCGACCUGGCCUGAUUUAAAUGGAGUUUAUAGGGCUAAAGUUUGUUUUUACCAUAGUUUGGUUCAACUUUCUUUAAAAACAACAACCAAACGAACAAAAAGGUGACUUUUUCUCUGUCUUUGUGAUGUUGGGUCAUCUAAAAUAGCGGAGUGUUUGCUGAACUGUCUGGAAUCCAAGUGCCUACUGAGGAACUCUGUUUAGUGUUAAAGAAGUGAACAUCUGUCCUGUUUUCCUCUGCUUGGUUGUAGUAAAGGGAGUUGGGUUAUUCCUUUUCAUUGAAACCGCAUAUUUUCAGUCUGAAUGGACAAUCAUUUACCCUCCUGUGGUUUAACAAGCAGUUCAUUGAUUUUUCUGAUUAAAAAUGUAAAAAAAAAUUCUAGAUAAAUCCACUGAAAGACACCCAAAAGAAAAUACAAAAACUAAUGGAUAAUAAGCAUUUUCUGAACACUACUACUUAUUAUUUUCAGUUUUGUAUUUUUGAAGAAAAGAUGCAGUAUAUGUAAAUAAGUGAAGAAUGGAUUUGUGAAAGGUACCAGGACAGAGGAGGACGUUUCAGACUUUUUACCUGAUGGUUUGUGCACUUUUACACUUCAUUUUAUCAGCUCUGACUGUUAAGUUUUUAUGUAAUGUCUCCUUUAUUAACAACAACAUCAUUUCUUUCUGUAUUUGCCUGAAGUGUAACACUACACUUUUAGGUUGUUCAUAUUGUUUUUUUUGAAAAUAGUUGGUCAUAUUUGUUGUUCAAAUGGAAAUGUUUCCACAAAUUGCUUCAGCAGGAAAUCUUUUCUGUCCAUUUUUAAACAAACUGGUCCAGCGAUGCACAUCUCUGUGUUCUGACGUCCAGUUCGAAGUUGAAGUGUACUUAAGAACAUAAACACACUUAUACAAACAGAAAAAAAAUGAUUACACACACACACACAGAAAAAGAUGUGAAAAUGUUUUGAUCAACUGUUUAAUGUUUCUGCCAUUUUUUUGUGAGCUGUUCACCGUCGUAGUUCCAGGUUUAUAAUUUGGACAGAAAUCAAGUCUCUUGUGGUUUUUCAAGUGUGUUACUGAAGUUGUGCCGUCAGUUUUAACCCUUUGGAAAAUGUGAUAAAAGGAAAUAAACUACCGUUCAAAAUUUUA